CAAUUCCAAGCAAAAAGAGUCCCUCUUUCAGCCUUAGAAGGAAACCGUGUUUCCUUACGUUUUGGAAGCAAUUAUAUCACUGAAAACUGAGCCCCGCUCGCUCACUCACUACCCUCCAACAGAGAGAGAGAGAGUGGACUACUUGGAAGAGUUUCAUAGAUGGGUAGGAGACCUUGUUGUGCCAAGGAAGGCUUGAACAGAGGAGCAUGGACUGCCAUGGAGGACAAGAUUCUCACAGACUACAUCAGAGUUCAUGGUGAAGGAAAAUGGAGAAGCCUUCCCAAGAGAGCAGGUCUUAAGAGAUGCGGGAAGAGCUGCAGGCUUCGUUGGUUGAAUUACCUAAGACCUGAUAUUAAGAGAGGAAACAUUAGCCGUGAUGAAGAGGAUCUCAUAAUCAGACUUCACAAACUCCUUGGAAACAGAUGGUCUUUGAUAGCCGGAAGGCUUCCAGGGCGAACAGACAAUGAAAUCAAGAACUAUUGGAACACGAAUAUUGGUAAAAAGAUCCAAGUUUUAUCUCAACCAAGCGCAACCUCAACUAUUUCAAACCGCUAUAACUCCUCAAAUCCUCAAUCCAAACAAAACCCAAGUCGGACGACAGACCACUCGGUUGCCCAACCACCUUUACCAAAUACCGAACCAUCACGCCUAGUCCGUACCAAGGCAUCAAGGUGCACCAAAGUUUUCAUCCGACCGGACCACCAAAAUGUUACAAUUCAUCACAAUGUCGGUGUUGGGGUGGCGGCUUCAGAUCCUGGCGAUGACAUAUCGCCAUUUAUUUCAGCGAAAGAUGACACAUCGGAUUUUAUGAUGGAUUUUGAAAUGGAUGAAAAUUUUUUAUCGGAUUUUCUCAACACUGAUUUCCCACCAUUAUAUGAAUUUCAUAACGAUCUAAAAGGCGACACUACUGACACUGUCACAAGCUCUUCAUCUCUGGACUCUAAUCAAAACCUAUUGUCGUCAAAUGAAAUGUUACAGAGCUCGGAUCUUCAGUCAUUGGCUCCUCUUCUCGAUCCUUGCAUGGAUUGGCUUCAAGAUCAAUAAGCGCGACCAAAAAAAUAAAAUCAAAUUUGGGGGUUUAAUUAGAAUUAAGUUAAUUAGAAAUUAGACCUUGUGUGUGCUUUUGUAUAUAUUCAAUUAGGAUCAAAUGGUCUCAGUUAUGUUUGUAAUAAUAAAUAUAAAAAAAAAAAAAAACUCAUGCUGAGGUGGUAACAAUUCUAAGAGGAAGAAUUCUGUACUCGCUAAAAAAAUUACAGAAAAUAAGGCUCCGUUUGGUUUCUGUAAAAAAAAAAAAAAAAUCUCAUCUUGGCUGUUUUUUGGUUUCA